GCAGCUAGAACAAAAAAAUUUUCACUGUUAAAUAGGGCAUUGUUUACACUAUAUAUACCGCUAUUCAAAACAGAAAAUUUCGUACCUACGAUUUUUUCAGAAAAUGCCGCCUAAAUGCCCACUGUGUAGCGAUAACUAAUCGGUUUAAAGGUAAGUGCGUUUCUUUGAAAGAUGUCUUUGUGUAAGUAACAUGCAAUUUCGCAAAGAGAAACCAACAGAAUGACUAUGACUUUGAAUAGUCAGACAGUAUUUGCUCAAUAAAGAUUCCUUUCGCUUUUUCCUAAGUUAAUCACAUCUCUCUAUAAUGGCAACGGGAGGCUCGGUUUGCCCAUUUUGUGCCAAUAGUCACCGCUUUAGCGAACUUGUCUAUUUUUUUCGUCAUAUUACGCUAUAUCAUGGGAAUGAGCCGAACUUCCGUUUAACGUGCGAUUUAUCUGAUUCAUGUGGAAUGCAAUAUCGAACUUUUGGUGGUUACAAAACACAUAUACAUUGUCACCAUAAACGUCUUCUUGGUCCUUUAUCUCAGCAGCAAGAGGCAGACGUUAUAACAGAUGAUAUUGGCGGUAUUUCUAUUGAUCAUUCUCAAUCCUCACAUGAACUAUGAGGAAUCUUUCUAACUUUUCCUAGCAAUCGCCUUUCUACGAAGAACCCCAUGUAUCGGUUUCGGUCACAUAACUGAGACCGAUAAAUAGUUCUCUUAUUAAAUAUCUUUUUUAUAAGUGCUGGAUCGGGAUGAAAAUUGCUCCUAUCAUAGUUCAUUUUGUACAGAAAUGUUUGCUCUACAAAUCUCAGUUGCGAGAAAAAUUUAAUAUAGCAUACCCUUCGUACAAUAUAGUUUUUGUGAAAAAAGAUUAAAAGCCGGUUUUUAUCCGGUUGAUGCCUGCAUUAUAGUUUUUAUUAAUGAUCACCAUCUGAAUCUAAUAGAACUUCUUUGUGGUGUUUAAUGAAAAUAAUUUAUUACCUCUUAGAGGGCUUUCGUUUAUUAGAUACAAAAGACAAUAGAAAUCUACGUCAAGACUAUCUUAUCUAUUAAACAUUCAAGGUAUAUAUGAAUUUUAUCAAUAUUAUUAGUAGCCUGAAUAGUUGUAUGUCGAGGUUAAACAGGAACCGAAUAUGAAUCCAUACAUAUAUAUAUAUAUAGUAUGUGUCUAAGGAUUAACAAUCAUUUUCAAAGAUUAAUUUUUAAGACUGUUGUCGAUAGGAAACAGAAUGUCAUCGAAUUCAUCAUCAUCAAUUCAAUUGAUUUCUACAUUAAAUUAUAUUCAACAAUAACUCAAUAUAUAUUCUAGUAUACUGUUUUAUAUAUUUGGUGUUAUAGGUUCGUUAUUUAAUGUUUUUGUAUUUUCACAAAAACAAUCUAGAAUAAGUUCAUGUUCAAUGUACUUUUUGGCAUCAUCGAUUAGUGAUUUCCUAACAUUACAAAUGGCUUUUAUACCACGUUUUUAUACAUUCAGUAAUAUAGAUCCAACGACAUAUUCAUUAUUAUACUGUAAAUGGGUAUUUUAUAUAUUUCAUUCUUUAAUUAUGUUAUCGAGAUAUUAUAUUGUAUUAGCAUGUAUAGAUCGAUUUGCACUAACUUCCACAAAUGUUAAAUAUCGACAAUUUAGUCAAACUAAAGUAGCUUAUUAUUUAAUACCUAUAACAGCUCUUGUAUGGUUUAUUAUUCCAAUGCAUAUAGUUAUAUUUCAAACAAUAGAUAUAAAUAGGUGUACACAAGUAGGAUUUUAUUUAUUAUUCUUUAGUAUCUAUACUGUUAUCUUUGCUACUAUAAUACCACCAUUAUCUAUGAUCUUAUUUAUAUUAUUAAUAUUUAAUAAUCUAAAACAAAUAAGAAAAAGAAUUCAGCCAACAUUAACACCACAUCAAAUACAUAUAAAACAACGAGAUUAUCAAUUAAUGAAAAUGUUAUGGUUGCAAGUUUCUGUUUAUAUAUGUUCAACGUUAUUAUAUCCACCGGCUUUAUUAUAUAUAGCAAUAACAAAAGAUAUACAAAAGAAUAAUACAAGAUUAGCAAUAGAAAGCCUUAUGAUAUUUUUAACUACUGGUUUUUUAAUUUAUAUAAAUGUUAGCAUGCCAUUUUAUCUUUAUUUAUUCAUAUCAAAAACAUUUCGAAAAGAGUACAAACAAAUCAUAAUGAAGUAUUGUUUAAAAUACUUAUUUAAAACUCAUUUUGAUUCAACAGCAACAGCUAGUACUCGUAGAAUUGAUGAUGGUCUCCCAAUGCAUUUAAAACGAUUAAACUAA